AAAGACGACCAGGGAACACAGCAUUACUGAGAGUCACAAUGGAAAACUCGAAAAAGAUAAAGGUCUGAUCCGGGACAGCUGGGAGAGUCUGGGGAAGAACAAGGUGCCACAUGGAAUUGUUAUGUUCACGAGGUUAUUUGAGCUGGAUCCAGCACUUCUUACUCUCUUCAGCUACAGCACAAACUGUGGGGAUGCACCUGAAUGUCUCUCCAGCCCAGAGUUCCUCGAGCACGUCACCAAGGUGAGGCCAGAGGUCAACUGUACAACUGGUGAAGUAAAAGUGCAGGAACCUUCUUUUGGGCAGUUUCUCAAUACAUUUUCUUAUGCGAUCUUGUGUCCUUGUGUUUUCGCUCUACAUCAUUAUUAACCGCCAAUGUUCAAUUCUAAUU